AUGUCGAAACAUAGAAUCUUAACACUCCACGGAUUUUGUGACAGUGCACAGCGUCGACAUGAUCAAAUGCGAUCAUUAAUCCGAUCAAUGAAAAAUAUUGAAUUUGUAUUUAUCAAUUCUCCAUUUUUGUUUCACAAUUAUGAAUUUUUAAAGACAAGUAAUGAAACAACAUGUGCAGAAAUACAAGAGAAGAACGAAGCUACCAUAGAUAUCAAUGAACCAAGAUAUCAGUGGAUCUCUUAUAAACCAGACUAUCCAAUAUCAAGAUAUAAUUAUGAUACAAUCGAACAGAGUAUCGCAUAUGUCGUUAAAUAUAUUAAUGAAAAUGGUCCAUUCGAUGGUCUACUAGGAUUUUCACAAGGUGGAAUUGUUUGUGCAACAAUGGUUAUUCAGAAAGCUUUCAAUCAGUCAGAAAAUAAUUCGCAAUUACGGUUGUCAUGUCCUAUUCUGCCAGAUUCAAUCAAAUAUGUCAUACUUGUAGGUUGCCCAUUUAUUGGAGAUAAAACAAUUCAGCCUCUACUGGAAACAAAUCGAUCUCGUAUAAGUUUACCGACACUUCAUGUAUCAGGCUCUGCAGAUUCUCUUGUUUCAACUGAAAUGAGUAAAUCCUUAUCAAAAUAUUUCAAUCCAUCUCAGUUUCACACUCAUAAAGGAGGGCAUUAUUGUCCAAGCGAUUCAGAAUUUCGAAAAAAACUCCAAGAUUUUAUUGAAUCGGCAACACAUCCUUAA